GCCCAAAGAUGAGUGAAACAGGGGAAGAGGGGCAUUAGUGGGUAAGAAGAAUUGGCAGGUUUUGAUAGCAUUCAGGUUGUCUAAAGGACUGUGGGAACAGUGAAGGAUUUUAAGGCUGUGGGGACAGUCUGGGAGGUGGUAGAGGCUUUCAAAAAUUACCGAGAAUAGAGAAGAUGCAUGCUCACAAAUAUUUGGUGAGCAUGAGUUCAAGUGGAUGCAUAGUGUCCAGGGUCCGUGAGAUUGUCAGAUGAGAGUAGUCUGGGAGGAGACUAGAAACGGAGGACCAUCACCAAGAUGGAGAUGCAGAUGUGGAGCUGGGAGUCAACAGCAGAUGACAGCACAGCACAAAAGUUAAGACCUAACCUGCCUAGCUGUGCACGGAGUUUCUAGGGCCUGUUCUAUCCUCCACUGAGUGCAGUAUGGCACAGUUCUCCAAGCUCCACUUCCUGAUGCCAAGCAGAAAUGGUAAGGAGAAAAUGAGCAUAACCUUAAUGCUGCUGCAAUCAGUUGGUUGCAAUGUAAUGUUGUCCCUCGUAGAUGAUGCCUGCCUUCUCAAAGGUUCUGUUUUCCUAAGGAAGGGAUUAAGGAGGAGGUCAAAGGAGAUCAAGCAAGGACCCUGCAGCCUGUGGAAUAGUACAGUGGUAUUCAUGUAUGCACUCUUGUGAAGAAACCCUUGAUUUCUAUACCUACAAAGCCAUUUGGAGGCAGGGACUGCACUUCCUUUGAUACCCUGAUGCCUAUGAUACAUGCAGGAAGUUCUUGCUUUUAUCCCCAGUACCAUAUAACACAGCCAUGGUGGGCCAGGCCUCUAAUUCUGGCAUUUGGGAUCUUGGUGCUGGAGGAUCAGAAUCAAGGGCAUCUUGGAGAGAAAGGGUGUUUGAGGCUGGUCUGGUCUAUAUGGGCCCUUCACACACACACACACUCACACACACACACACACACACACACACACAGAGAGAGAGAGAGAGAGAGAGAGAGAGAGAGAGAGAGAGAGAGAGAGAGAGACAAACUCACACACACAAACUCACACACACACACACACACACACACACACACACUCACACACACACAUAUCUAGGAAUUCAUAUUGAUAUACAUCUUUGUUUGAGCAGCAAGCUAAGAGUUGAAUCUGCUUGAUGAUGCCUGAAAGAAACACUGAGCAGUUUCAGUGUGUUACUCUUAGAAGCAGAAAAAAGAAACAAAUGAAAUUAGUGCUCUGUGGUGGAUUCCUACAGAAAGGCAGUCCCUGCCUAUUACACAGAGAUUCUCUGUCCUUUUCAGUGCCCUUAACCAUGUACAUUUUCUCCUAAACCACCAUCCCAAGUACAGAGUUCAUGAACAGUUUCUCCAUUCCUGUACUGGUAGGUCACAAUGAGCACCAUGGAAACACUUCUUUUGUCACAAUGACUCCCAGCAAGACACCAGAGCCUUGGGCAGGGCUUCCCCAGUCUUGCCACACUGUCCAUCUGGGCUGGGAAUGGGAUGGGGGGCUGAUGAUCUCUGAGUCCUCAAUCAAGGAGUAGAACUUAUUUCCCAAGAAAAGACAAAAAAAUAGCUGGUUCAUCACUGCAACUAGCUGAUCACCAUUGGGACCCCUGGUCUUUCCUACUUUUUCUAACUGCCCUCUCCCUGCAGGAAAAAAGCCAGUCUUCUCAAGAAUCUUACUUCUCCGCAGAGGCUCUGGCCACAUUCAGACACCAGUUCCUGAGAGAUCUGUGCAGGAGGGCCCAGCUUAUCAGCACUGUCUCUAGAUCCUCAGCUCUGAGAGCUCGGCUAUCUCUCUACUCCCAAGACCACCUUCCAUUGGACAACAUCUGGUAUCAGGAAGAACUGAAGCAGCACUCGGCAUCCAGGCAGUGUGGGACAGGGUUCAGAGACAGUGAAAGGUGGUCUGCUACAAUCAGAGCCCUCUGAAAGGUAUCAACCGGUCACUCCAAACACCUCCCAAUAAGAAAUAUAAGAAGCACUCUGAAGAAAUCAUUGUUACUAGACAUACCUAGACAACCAUUUCAGCCAAAAUAAUUGAGAAAGACCCACAAAGAGAAGAUGGAUGAAGAGCAAUACCAAAAGAGUUCAAAAUCACCUGAAAAGAAGCUAAAGACAGUUGAAUUCAAGAAAAAGAAAUGCGUUAGGUUUCUGUUACCCCAUAAAGCUGACAAGGAAAAGAAACCCUCUUCCCUACGAGAUACAGAUGAGUCAAAGUUCAGAUGUGAAUGCCGCCACUGCCAGAUGUGUGGGGGGAACACAUCUGGGGUCUCUGUGGGAACUAGGACUGAAGCAGUCUCUCCGUCAUCCUCCUGGGAAAAGCUAACACUAGACCUCAGUAACUUGACACUCAACCCUCAUACCACCCAGCCCCAUCUUGUGCAAGACACCAUAUCCAAAGGAGAGAACAAAAUGCAGUGGCCAAGGAAAAACAAAAGGAUGUUUCAAAAGGUUCUCUACGAAUGGACAGAAUAACUCUGACACUGUCAUCGUCAUGAGAAGGAAGAUCCAAACCUACAGGGCCAUGAGUAUCAACAUCUUUUGGGGAGCAAGUUCAGGAGGAGUAAUGUCCAACCUGGUGAUAAUAAUACAGCCUGAUCAUGACUCUAAUCUAUUCCACAAAUAUAGCCAUCUUUUCCUUGGUAAUUUAGGCAUCUUACCUUAGGCAUUCUGGGAAGAGAUGCUCCUCAGCAUGGAUGACCAGAUUGCGAUAUUUCUACACUCCCCAUGUCAGUGUUCCCAUGGGAUUUGCUACCGAUUUUCCCCUCCUCGGGUUUGAGGCUUUUCCUCCCUUACAUUGUUGCCAGUAAAGUUAGAACAUCUAUGUAGAGUUUCUGGCUUGCUGUUUUCAAACUGCUUCCAUUUCAUUUUAUCACCUUGUACCUAGAAGGAGCACAAAGCCAGAUGGAGUGUGUGUGUAUGUGUGUGUGUGUGUUUGUUGUGUGUGGUAUGUCUGUGUUGAUGUGUGUGUGUGUGUGUGUGUGUGUGUGUGUGUGUGUGUGUGUGUGUGUGUGUGUGUGAAAUUUUUGUUUCAGGACCAUUAUAGAUACAGAAUCUGAACAUACAGAGCAUUCUUCACCUAGUUAACUCCCCUAAUUAUCUUCCAUUAUAUAACAACAAUACAUCAAAAUCAGGGCAUCAACCAUGUUUUAAUGAGUGUUUAGAGCUUUCUGUCCCUUUAUCCUAUGUACACAACCAUGUGUCACAUCUGUUCCAUUGUGAAACUCUGACUCUAGCUAGUUUUAUGAUGACUCCUGGUAGCACGCUUAAAACUGUGACAGACAUAGCCUUGUUUAGUCUUUCCAUAAUAUUUUAAUUUCAAGAAUGUCAUAUAAAAUGUUCAGUGCUGGCCUUUUCUGCUCAUCACCAUGCGCUUAAUUCUCCAGACUUGAUGGUGUAUGUCAAAAUUCUAUUCUUUAGGAAUGUAACCUGUGGGCAAAUUGACUGCCCAGAGUAUGUGGGGCUGUAGGUUUGAUUACUCAGCACCACAGUUAAUAAAAAA